UCACCAAAAGUGCAGAUAUCGCGAGCAUGAGCUCACUUUCAACCUCGGAAGUUUUGCAUUUAAUUCCUUUGCAUUUCGUCUCGGAAAUGUGCAUUUAGCUAGUUUCAAUAGUUUACAGUUAAAUUGUGUUUGACGAAAUUUACAGCAACAAUGUUAACGAGAAGACUAGCUAGCAGUGGAUUCCACUGGAAUCGCACUGCUGGAAGCAGUUGUUACAUCAUCCAGAACCUACGAUUCUCAUCCAGUGGAGACCGGGACCGGAAAGUAACCGGUCAGGAACCAUCCCAGCAACCACAAACUAGCGCGUACGAGUACAUCACGCUGGAGCAGCCGGAAUCGAGCCGCCAUCAGGCGCAACGAUCGGCCACUUCCGGCAGUACGGUGGCCCUGCGUCGAAUCUCGUUGCUCGAUCUGGCCAAAUCGAAGCUGUACGAGGCGCAAACGUUUUACGACGAGUUCAGCGGCAUGAACGAGGUCAAGGUGGCCCAGAACAAGGUGAUCGAGAUCCAGAACCAGCUGCAGCUGGUGCAGGAACGACGUCGCCACAUCUUGCUGGAGUUGACGCUGAUUCGGAAACAGAUGCAGGACAUUCACGUUGAGCUGCAGAAAGCGGUCCGCGGAGAGCAUCGGUACGUGGAGCUGAUCAAGGAGGAGUUCGAUGUAAUUGCUCGCGAGCGCGAAAAGAACCAAAUCUUCCAGAUCGUGGACCAAGAAGAACGUGAACUCUUCUCGCACCUCACCUCGGCCGUCAAGACCAGCCACGAGAAGGAACGCACCCAGGCGAACAACGUCAAGUACUGGUCCAUCAUCGGAUCGUGCGUCGGAGCGCUGCUGGGAAUUGUGGCCACUUCGAUCAACUAUUACUACCGAAACACGCAGUUUGAAGCAAUUAAGGCCACCACUGGCGAGGGAAUCACGCGGUUGGUGCAGGUCGACGGAAAGUUGAACGAGUUGGGUGUCUCGUUGGACUACAUCAAGGAGUACGUGGCGAUCCGGCGGGAGGAAGAUGAAAAGGCACGGUUUCGGGCGAUGCGGGAGGCCGAGUUGGCGCAGAUGAGGGCGAGGGAGGGCUGGGGAAGCUAUCUGUGGAGGAACAGUGUGCGGGUUUACAGGUUUUUCAUACCAAAUAUGAACAAGUGAAGCCUUGUUGUUGAUUUAGGGUUAAGCGAAUGUAACGGACACGGAAUAAAGCAAAAGUUUACAUAUUUUUUAAAA